CGCUGGGCCCGAUGACGCCCGUCCGCGGCCUGAUGACGCCCGGACGCGGUCCGAUGAGUCUACCCGGCGAGACUUCCCUGAUGACGCUGCAGUGUCCGACGCUAGCGCCGCUUUUCUACAACCAGCUAAUCGGCAAGAACCCGUUGUUCGGUCUGCAAGCCCCGAGGCCGGUGGGACGGCGGGUGCGGAAGACGGGUGUGGACCGCAAACCCCGUCAGGCUUACAGCACCCGCCAGCUGGAGCGACUCGAGGACGAGUUCAAGAUAGACAAGUACCUGAGUGUCAGCAAGCGAAUGGAGCUGUCGAAGGAGCUGCAGCUGACCGAGGUGCAGAUCAAGACCUGGUUCCAGAACCGGCGCACCAAGUGGAAGAAGCAGGUGGCGUCCCGUCUGCGGCUGGUGCAGCGGCAUGGUCUCCUUCCACCGCCGUUCUUCUCGCACGUGGCCGCGCCCUUCCUGUGUCUGCCGGCGCCGCUCAUGUCGGCCGCGCUCCGCGAGGUCACGCCCAUGACCUCGCCGAGUGACGGCUUGCCACCGGACGGCGCGAGUCUGCCCUGAGAUGGGGUCCGGUCGGAUCAGGUCGAGUCAGGGUGAGCCAGGUUCGGUCAGGUCGAGUCAGGGUGAGUCAGGGUGGGUCAGGAUGGAUCAGGUCGAGUCAGGUCAAGUCAGGGUGGAUCAGGGUGGAUCAGGAUGGGUUAGGUCGAGUCAGAUCGAGUCGG